ACGAGUAGCAUCUAUUCUUCAGCUUCCAGAUGCUGCAAUCGAUGGUCUCGAAACACAUCAAGUCGCCGAGCAACCGGAUGAUCCCAACUGCUGCACUAGAGCGCACCUAUUAAACGGUGCCUUCGCAGGAGGGUCCUCAUCUACGCUCUUCCCUCUUGUAAUACUUCUCCUUUCUAUAUAUUACUCUUAGCUUUCGUCGGAUUUCAGCCAAAGACUCUACCUUGACGGUAUAGCCGAUCUGUCACGAUGUCUCGCAGAGCUCCCAAACCGCUUCCCAAGUUCGACGUAGGUGAAGACUAUGUUAUCCUGCACGGUCUCGGAGAAGGCGCAUACGGAACGGUCGCGGCUGCGCUGCACAAACCGUCGGGCAGGGAGGUCGCUAUCAAGAAGGUCCUGCCAUUCGAACACACGCUCUUUUGUUUACGAACUCUCCGGGAGCUCAAGCUGCUUAAGUUCUUCUCGGAAUCAUGUGUGAACGAAAAUAUCAUCUCGAUAUUGGACAUUAUAAAGCCACCUUCCCUGGACAGCUUCAAGGAGAUUUAUUUCAUUCAAGAGCUCAUGCAGACUGACUUGCACAGAGUCAUCCGUACACAGCAUCUGACGGAUGAUCACUGUCAGUACUUCAUCUAUCAGACGCUGCGUGCCUUGAAGACCAUGCACUCCGCGGACAUUGUGCAUCGCGAUCUCAAACCCGCAAACCUUUUGCUAAACGCGAACUGCGACCUGAAAGUUUGCGACUUCGGACUCGCACGGAGCAUGCGGUCUACGCAUCCCGAUGGAAAGGAGGCUGGCCUGAUGACGGAGUAUGUCGCGACACGAUGGUAUCGCGCGCCGGAAAUCAUGCUGUCAUUCAAGAUGUACACGAAAGCGAUCGACAUCUGGGCGGUCGGAUGCAUCCUUGCGGAACUACUCACCGGCCGACCGCUCUUCCCGGGUCGUGACUACGGGCAUCAACUCGAUCUCAUCCUUGACGUGAUAGGGACUCCGACACUGGAAGAGUUCUACAGCAUCACCUCGCGUCGGUCGCGAGAUUACAUCCGGGCACUGCCCAUCAAAAAGCGGAAGUCGUUUAGCGCGCUGUUCCCGAAGGCUUCUCCUGAGGCACUGGAUUUCCUCCGGAAGACGCUGACAUUUGACCCUAAGAAGAGGUUAACCGUUGAUCAAGCGCUAGAACAUCCGUAUCUCACAGCAUACCAUGACCCAGAUGAUGAACCAGCUGUGUCCUCGCUAGAUGCUGAUUACUUCGAGUGCGAUUACCUGGAUCUCAGCAAACAGGAGCUGAAAGAACUCCUAUAUGAGGAGGUUAUGUCUUUCACCCCUGCCAUCUAGGGCCACCACCAGGUCUAUCGAGUGAAAAAUGACGAGUGUGACACCGGUGCUUACGCGUGUCAACCGAUCUGUGCGGGAUCACACCAAGUCUGUGUACACCUGCAGCUCCGAAAUAAUGAUCCAUGAUUUCCCCUUAAUUUAUCGUUCUGUGUAUGGACUACUCACCUAAUUUACAUCAUGUACAACUAGU